AUGGAUUUUGCAGUUUUUGUGAGCAUUGAUUGCGGGGCGUCCGAUGUUUACACCGACGAAAAUUCUAUAGGGUGGAGGGGAGACAAUGACAUUAUCCAGAAUGGAGUGUCCCGUGUGGUACUGCAAAAUAACUCAAUAUCUCAUGUAAUGGACACUCUGAGAGUGUUCACAACUCGGAAAAAGAACUGUUACUCUAUAAACGUCAAUAACAGUAGCCGAGUUCUCGUCCGCACUAGCUUUUUCUAUGGAAACUACGACAACAAAUCUACUCCUCCUACCUUUGAUCUUCUAUUUGAUGGGAAUUAUUGGGAUACUGUCGAGACUUUGAUAGAUGAUUAUUAUUACUACGAAAUAAUAUAUGUUGUCAAAGGUAAGACAAUUAACGUUUGUGUUGCUCAAACAAAACCCGAUCAGUUUCCCUUUAUAUCAGCACUUGAAGUACGGAGCUUGGACUGGUCCAUGUACCCUUAUGUCGAUUCCAGUUACGCCUUGAAUUUGAAUACUAGGAAUGCUUACGGCUCAAUUGCAAAUGUCAGGUAUAGGGAUGAUCUUUACGAUCGAAUUUGGGAAUCGGAUAUGGCUGGAGAAGGAUUAAUUAAUGUGUCAAGCAAUGUAUCGUCCGUUAAUGUCGAUCCAUAUGGUACUGAUAGGCCCCCACAAAAAGUGCUACAAAAUGCAAUUGCCUGCCCAAACACAUCUGUCUCUCUUGUCUUGGACACAAGUUUUCCACCUCAUGAAGUUUCCAUCCACAUAAAUUGGCAUUUCUCCGAAGUGACUCGGCUCAAUUCAACCCAAAAAAGAUCCUUCAUGAUUUUCAUAGACGACCAACCUUUCUCUGACGUUAUAAUACCAACUUAUGCAAAUGUAACCGAAAUGGUUGCUAGUAACGUCACUGUCUCGGCAAACACUACCUUUUCUUUGGUGCCUACCAACGAUUCGACGCUUCCCCCUCUUAUCCAUGCCAUGGAAGUAUUUUACAUUAGCGAUCCGAUAUCGGACGGAACCAACAGCAAGGAUGUGGAAGGGUUAAAUUCACUGCAGUCCAAGUUUCAUGUAUUGCAAGGAUGGGGCGGCGAUCCGUGCCUUCCAGCACCAUAUAACUGGGACUGGAUCAAUUGUAGCUCCGAUGCCACGCCUCGUGUGACGGCACUGUAUCUAAGUAGCUUCGGCCUGUCAGGGCCACUUCCAGAUAUCAGUUCCAUGGAUGCUCUUGAGGCAAUAGAUUUGCAUAAUAACAGCUUAAAUGGACAUAUUCCCAUAUUUCUGGGCCAGUUACCUAAGCUGAAACAACUAGUGACGGGCAAUCCUGAAUUGUGCACAUCAGGCAAAUCGUGCGAGAAGAGGAGCAAAAAGCUAGCAGUAAUACUUGGCACCUCAAUUCCAGCCUUGGUCUUGGUGAUCGUGGCUUUAUCACAAGAUGGUGGAGCCGAAGUGCCAAAUGACAAGCCGCAUGGAGCUGUUGUUACCAUGGAGGAGAAGAUACGAGGAAGAUUAGAAGAGUAUGAAGUUAUAAAGGAAAGGCCGAGUCGGAGAAUGUUCCAUACUCUCCACCUUAUUGCUGCUGUCACAGCAGCGAUUGAUCUUCGAACCGAUGAUUGCACAUCGUUAAUGAACUGUGUCAGUGAAAUUCUCCGAGCCGCUAGAAUGGUUGUUUUUCGUUUUUGCUUUGGUGGAGUUGAGUUUGUGUGCUUUUGUCAGGUGUGCUACAGGCUCUAG